AUGCAUAGAUGUUCAUACUGCAACUACGUGACUAAUAAGACCACAAAUCUGAUAAGGCAUAUCCACACUCACACUGGAGAGAAACCCUUUUCUUGUCCGUACUGUCCUUACCGAGCAACUCAGGAAAACAACAUUAAGUCCCACAUCCGCACGCACACAGGAGAAAAGCCUUAUAAGUGUCCACACUGUCCAUACUGUUCAUCACAGAAGUCUUCCUUGAGGAAUCAUAUCCUUACUCAUCAGAAUUACAUCACUCAACGUUGCCAAUCACCACUUUUGACACAUGUAUCCUAUGCACAUGCCAGUAUGACUAGGCAUCCUCAACAGGUGCUUCCGGGUUGUGGUCCCCAUAUAGCAGGAGAGGGAGGACCCUGUGUGGGGGUACAGGAUGGCAACCUCAGACUACCCCAGAAUUCCUAUGGUUCUCAUGCCAAAGGCACGCAGCCCUUUCUGGUGCAGGUUCAUCCGGGAGACAAGCCUUUUGACUGUCCACAUUGUUCCUACAGUUCUGCCACAAGGGACUACUUGAAGAUUCAUAUACGCACACACACAGGAGAGAAGCCUUUCCCAUGCCCUCACUGCAGUUUCAGAGCUGCCCAGAAAAAUAACCUGAAUAGGCAUCUGCGCAUUCAUACAGGAGAAAAACCCUAUGCUUGUAAUAUUUGUCCAUAUAGGUCUUCCCAGAAAAAUAAUCUGAAGAGUCAUUUGCUAACGCAUAGAUCUCAGAGUGAUGUGGAAAAUAUUAUGUGAAAAAGUUGAAGUUUGGGAGCGUACAUGUGUUACUUCAAAAGUCUUAUUGAAUGAUAAAAGGAUCAAUCAUUUUAUGUCAAAACAUUAACUAAAGCAGAUAUUUAGAUUAAAAAUUUAUUUGUAUGUUUAUUUCUUUGUUGUGAAAUAUAAUAUUUUGUAACAAAGUUAAUACUUUAAAAAAGGAAAACAAUGUUAUUUAACUUAAGUUACAUUACUGAUCCCACUAAACCAUACAGGUAUUAGAUUUAUAUUUCUAAGCAUUUUCAUUUUGUUUCCCUUUAUGUUAUAUAUUUUGUAUAAAAAGGUCUAUUUCAUCAGAAUGUCGCAAUCAUGAUUUUGGGGAAGGGGGGUGUUUUUGCACUGACUGAUGUAAGAUAAGGAAUGAGGCCAAAUAUACCAGCUAACUUCAGAAAAUAGAGAUGAAAGAAUAUAAGCCAAUAUUUUGAUCAUUAUGUAUACAACUUAAUAUUGAAGAAAUAUUAUGUUCCUUAUGUUUGAAAUUCAAAAGGCUAUUUGAUGAAAUUUACCCUGAAAACAUAAAGCUGUGUAACUAAAUUAAGCCACACCAUUUUUUUAAUCGUCUGUUCCAUUCUUAUUUUGAUUUAGUUAAUUUGUAAAAGAAUUUGGCAAAGGAAAUCAUAUGUUGUAAAUUGUAAUAGAAAUAGGAAAAGCAUUGUCACACUUUUUCUUUGUUCAGAAUAGAGAAUUAUAUACAAUAUGAUUUAUGUACUUCUCUUUUAUUUCAUUAACAGAGGCAGCUAAUAAUAAAAGAAAAAAAAUAACCCAGGUUUCUUUAGUAGUCAUGAAUAUUGGUAGAAAAAGUUUUG